GCCGGGCAAGAGGAAGACCUCCGGAAGCUCCCAGCGCAGCGCGGCUGUGUGCGGCCUGUGCGAAAAGGCGCAUUGGAACCUGUUUCCCGGGCGGGCGCCGAGCAGAAACCUCGAACUGAUAAGCCUCCUGUAACCUGGAGCCUCUACAAGGCAGCGAAGACAGUACCAUUUUCUCAGCGGCCGGUAAUAUAAGAACUGCCCUCCUAAGAAAGUGAUAAGUCAUGGGAACAGUCUGAGGAAGAAAAGUUGUGAGCAUGAAGGAUGUGCUUUUCUGUUGGAAAGAAAUAUCUAACAAACAGGAGUCUAUCCUGAACUUAGAUCUACAUUUUGGGAGCUUAUUUUAGAAAAGAUCUAAGUUUUAAAAAUUCUCAAUGGACAGACAGAGAAAAGAGGGUCUUUGCCAACUCCUUUGGACUUCUGCAGUAAGAAUGUCUUUUCCCCCUCAUUUGAAUCGCCCUCCCAUGGGAAUCCCAGCACUCCCACCAGGGAUCCCACCCCCACAGUUCCCAGGCUUUCCUCCACCAGUGCCUCCAGGGACCCCAAUGAUUCCUGUACCAAUGAGCAUUAUGGCUCCUGCUCCAACUGUCUUAGUACCCACUGUAUCCAUGGUUGGAAAGCAUUUGGGAGCAAGAAAGGAUCAUCCAGGUUUAAAGGCUAAAGAAAAUGAUGAAAAUUGUGGUCCUACUACUACAGUUUUUGUUGGAAACAUUUCUGAGAAAGCCUCAGACAUGCUUAUACGACAGCUCUUAGCUAAAUGUGGUUUGGUUUUGAGCUGGAAGAGAGUACAAGGUGCUUCUGGAAAACUUCAAGCCUUUGGAUUCUGUGAAUAUAAGGAGCCUGAAUCUACCCUCCGUGCACUCAGAUUAUUACAUGACCUGCAGAUUGGAGAGAAGAAGUUGCUUGUUAAAGUUGAUGCCAAAACAAAGGCACAACUAGAUGAAUGGAAAGCAAAGAAGAAAGCUUCUAAUGGGAAUGCCAGGCCCGAAACUGUCACUAAUGAUGAUGAAGAAGCUUUAGAUGAAGAGACCAAAAGAAGAGAUCAGAUGAUUAAGGGGGCCAUUGAAGUUUUAAUACGAGAAUACUCCAGUGAGCUAAAUGCCCCCUCACAAGAGUCUGACUCUCAUCCCAGGAAGAAGAAAAAGGAAAAGAAGGAGGACAUUUUCCGCAGAUUUCCAGUGGCCCCACUGAUCCCUUAUCCGCUCAUCGCUAAGGAGGAUAUAAAUGCUAUAGAAAUGGAAGAAGACAAAAGAGACCUGAUAUCUCGAGAGAUCAGCAAAUUCAGAGAUACACACAAGAAACUGGAAGAAGAGAAAGGCAAAAAGGAAAAAGAAAGACAGGAAAUUGAGAAAGAACGGAGAGAAAGAGAGAGGGAGCGUGAAAGGGAACGAGAAAGGCGAGAACGGGAACGAGAAAGGGAAAGAGAACGUGAACGAGAAAAGGAGAAGGAACGGGAGCGGGAACGAGAACGGGAUAGGGACCGAGACCGGACAAAGGAGAGAGAUCGGGACCGAGAUCGAGAAAGAGAUCGGGACCGGGAUCGAGAAAGGAGCUCAGAUCGAAAUAAGGAUCGGAGUCGGUCAAGAGAAAAGAGCAGAGACCGUGAAAGGGAACGGGAGCGGGAAAGAGAGAGAGAGCGAGAAAGGGAACGUGAGAGAGAACGCGAGCGUGAGAGAGAGCGCGAGAGGGAACGGGAACGCGAAAGAGAGAAAGACAAGAAACGAGAUCGUGAAGAAGAUGAAGAAGAUGCAUAUGAACGAAGAAAACUUGAAAGAAAACUCCGAGAGAAAGAAGCUGCUUAUCAAGAGCGACUUAAAAAUUGGGAAAUCAGAGAACGAAAAAAAACUCGGGAAUAUGAGAAAGAGGCUGAAAGAGAAGAAGAAAGAAGAAGAGAAAUGGCUAAAGAGGCUAAACGACUAAAAGAAUUCUUAGAAGAUUAUGAUGAUGAUAGAGAUGAUCCCAAAUAUUACAGGGGGAGUGCUCUUCAGAAAAGGUUGCGUGAUAGGGAAAAGGAAAUGGAAGCGGAUGAACGAGAUAGGAAGAGAGAAAAGGAGGAGCUUGAGGAAAUCAGGCAACGCCUUCUGGCAGAAGGGCACCCAGAUCCGGAUGCAGAGCUCCAGAGGAUGGAACAAGAGGCUGAGAGGCGCAGACAACCACAAAUAAAGCAAGAGCCAGAAUCAGAGGAAGAAGAAGAAGAAAAGCAAGAAAAGGAAGAAAAACGAGAAGAACCUAUAGAAGAGGAAGAGGAGCCUGAGCAAAAGCCUUGUCUGAAACCUACUCUGAGGCCCAUCAGCUCCGCCCCAUCUGUUUCCUCUGCCAGUGGCAAUGCAACACCCAACACUCCUGGGGACGAGUCUCCCUGUGGUAUUAUAAUUCCUCAUGAAAACUCACCAGAUCAACAGCAACCUGAGGAACAUAGGCCAAAAAUAGGAUUAAGUCUUAAACUGGGUGCUUCUAAUAGUCCUGGUCAGCCUAAUUCUGUGAAAAGGAAGAAGCUACCUGUAGAUAGUGUAUUUAAUAAAUUUGACGAUGAAGAUAGUGAUGAUGUGCCACGCAAAAGGAAACUGGUUCCAUUGGAUUAUGGUGAAGAUGAUAAAAAUGCUGCCAAAGGCACUGUGAACACUGAAGAAAAGCGCAAACAUAUAAAGAGUCUCAUUGAGAAGAUCCCAACAGCCAAACCUGAGCUCUUUGCUUAUCCUCUGGAUUGGUCUAUUGUGGAUUCUAUACUGAUGGAACGACGAAUUAGACCAUGGAUUAAUAAAAUCAUAGAAUAUAUAGGUGAAGAAGAAGCUACAUUAGUUGAUUUUGUUUGUUCAAAGGUUAUGGCUCAUAGUUCACCUCAGAGCAUUUUAGAUGAUGUUGCCAUGGUACUUGAUGAAGAAGCAGAAGUUUUUAUAGUAAAAAUGUGGAGAUUAUUGAUAUAUGAAACAGAAGCCAAGAAAAUUGGUCUUGUGAAGUAAAACUCUUUUUACACUUAGGAUUCCAUUUCAUUUAUCUUAUUUCUCAUCCUUUAAAGGAUUUUGAAUUUUUCUUUGUCUUCAAAGACAUUUGUGAGAUCUGUAAUUUUUUUUAAUGUAGAAAAUGUGAAUUUUUUUUUUUUGGUCCUCUAAUUUGUUAAUGACUUAUGUACUCCCUUGGUUGUAAAGUCACCUGAAUCCUUGGUUCUCUUUAUACUCACCAGGUACAAAUUACUGGUAUGUUUUAUAAGCUGCAGCUACUGUACACAGCCUAUCUAAUAUAAUCUUGUUCUGCUGAUUUGUUCCUUGUAAAUAUUAAAAUGACUCCCCAAUUCUUUUGCAGAAUUUCACUUAAUAUUGACUUGUACUGUAUAAGAAACAACAUGAAUGAUUUUAGUUGAAAGAAUACCAUUCAUAUCUAUUACCACUUCUGCCCCCUUGGAUCAGAAAUGGCAAGGCGUCAUGAGGCAUGGAAGUUAAAAUUAGAAUGCAAAAAUUAGCAGACAAUCUGUUCCUAUAGUAUGUAUCUGUAUGAAUGUGUUUGUGUGAAUGUAUGUAUAAAACUAUUCCCUAAUUUACUUACCGAAGCAUAAAGAAAAAUGAUACUGUAUGAAUCCAAAUGUCUGGUAUAAUUAGGUUAUUAGUUUCCCAGAGCAUGGCAUUCUUCUGUGGUGAGCAACAGUCUCUAAAUAGGGCUUUCCUAGUUGAUAGCUGGCUGUUUCUGCUUCCCUUUUAAUGGAGAGUAGAUCAUGGUGACAUUACCCUCCACAGUGACCUAUUUUCAUUGCUCAGAAAUGUUCUGGAAAGUUUAGUUUUGCACUAGCUGGCCCUUAGUUUUCAAAAAUCUUCAUUCCAAAAGCAAAGUGAAAACUAAGAACCUUUAAAAACAAAUGGGGCUAGUAAUGUAGCUUAGUGGUAGGGCUCAUGCUUUGCAUGCUGGAGGCUCCCUAGGUUUUAUUCACCAGCACCAAAAAUUUAAAAAUAAAGACAAAAGAUAAAAUUAGGCAAGUUAACAAGGCUAGACGAGUUUGACAAAACAGAAUUCAGUGUGGCAAUUUACAAAGUUUACAUCUUAUUUCCAGAGAUAAAUUCAUUCAAGGCAGUAAGACCAGACCAACCACUAAUUUUUACCUAUUCUCAUUAAAGUUUAUUCCUGGGGCCAGGGAUUUAGCUCAGUGGCACUGCGCCUGCCUUGCAAGUGCAAGGCCUGGAGUUUGAUCCGCGGCACCAGAAAAAAAUCAAUAGUUUAUUCUGAUGCUAUGUUUAGAGAUAUACCUGUGGGUUUUUUAAAUUGUGGGUCAGAGUUUCAGCAGGGAGCAAAAUUUGCCUGCAAAUGUAACAAGUUUUAAACAGUUUUUAACACAAUUUAAGUGCAGUAAUUUCCCUAUUUAUUUCAAAAGAAGAUAAAGUUUGGUCUGUUAGAAAAGCUUAAUUGUGAGAUUGAGUUAACUAGAUUUUUUUACUUAAGACAUUUGAAAACACUGUAUUUAACACCGAACCAUGGUAUGGUUCCAUUAUGUAAAUAUUUCACAUAUUAAAAAUGUAUAUAUUUGAUCUUGGGAGACUCAUUCUUUCAGAGUCUUGUAAAUAAAUGGUAUCACUUUGUAAUUGUUCAGUGCAUACUAGAGAACUUAGCCUGGAAAUAUGGGCUGAAUGUUUUAGUGGACUUGAUUUUUUAUGACUUGGUAUGAGAAGGUCAAAGAGGCCAUUUAUCUUAUGUUGGGUGAAUCUACUGUACAUCUGUGAAAAUAUGUAGUGUUAAAAUAUUCAAAAUUUUGAUACCAAAAGAAUAUUUGAGAAAGAUGUCCUUUGACAUUUGAGCAUUUGCUUACUGCCCUUAGAUUCAGCCCCUUUCCAGACUGAGACUUUUGUUCAAGCAGUUUAUUUUGGCCUCUUGUCUUAACACACUGUAGAGUUGCUACUUCUGAGGUAUUUUAGGUUGUUUUUAUUUAGUCAGUAUUAGCUUAAAGGUUUAGUCACAUAGAUUUAAUUUAUCUUACUGGUGUCUUUUCCUGCUCUUUUAUCUAUGCUUAUCUUAAAGGGCCUCUCUAAAAACUAGGGAUGUCACCUAAAAUCCGUAGGAAUUAGAUACCUUUUAUACUGCAAAACACCUCCAGUGAGGUUUAUGGUAGGAACUCAAAAUUCAUAAAUCAACAUUUCUUUAGCAGAGCAGAAAUGGUCAUGGUAAGUUUAUUAAAAACCACAAAAUUAAUAGCAUAAUGGUAGUUCAAAUCAAGUUUUACCACUAAGCUUCAUAUAAAAUCUUGUUUUCUGUUUCUUGUCUUUGACAAUUGGAUAUAAAGAAUUGGACAUGUAUAAAGUGACAUAUUCUAAUGUCUGGGAAAAUAGACCUAAAAUAUUUCUGUUAAA